AUGCCCCUGGGCCAGAAUCAGAGUGCCGGAGCGAUUGAAAAGGAUAAUGAAAAUGCUGCCACUAUUACAGGGCGACCAACUCCGAGGCAUGAAAGCAACCAGGAAGUUAGACUCUUUCAUUCUUUGAACCAAUUCAUUGAACUGGUGAGCAAUGAACCAACUAGGGCCGGGACUAGAGAACGAAGGAGAACUAGCGACAAGUAUGUUUCAAAUUUUUUGCGUUUGAAUCUGUUAUCAUAUCUGAGGCAAUUGCAACAGCAUCCAGAGUCUUGUGAGGGUCAUCGAGAGGUAUUGAUCCAAUGGUGGGUCACUUUGUUGAACUUCCUUAAUAGCGAUUUGAUUCCGAACCAAGCAGAACCGAGGACAUCCUCGACGCAAUUAAUAUCAUUUCCGGACCCAUUGUUGAGCAUUGAAACAGUUUCUGUUUGUUUGGAGAGCGUGAGCAGAUUGAUGUCCUCGUUGAUGAUUCUGCCAAAGGUUCGUGUUCGGCACACGGAGAUAUAUUCUCAUCACAUACUGUUGACCAUUCACUACGUCACUAACAGGCUUAUUCUGAUCGCGAAAAGUAGCAAACAGCCGAUGAAUACCCUAGACAAUCAGAGUUUUUUGCAAUUUCUUAACAGUUAUUCGUCAUUAUUGCGUUCUUUCCUGGGAAAGCUGAACGCUUAUGCAUUCUUUUAUUUACCUGAUGAGUUUCAUUUUGACACCCAAGCCCUCUUGGCCAUAACGCCAGAUGUAACAUUCCAGCAUAGCGAAGGUGAAAAGAUAUUCAGUUGGAAGAAAAGGUCAUUCUCCGUACCGAAAAAUGCAAGAUCAAGACUUGAUCCCAAGGACUUGGAUAAUCGAGAUACUAAAUUUUUCAAAAUUGUUGCAUCCUACUUGAGAAAUGAUUCGGUUUUAAUGGCUUUCUAUUGGCAUUAUUGGUAUAUCGUCUUGCGAUAUUUGGCCAAAUGUGAGCCAACCAACGAUAGAGGGUUGAAUCUUGAUCUUUUGCCAGGCGCUUCCAUUUUGCUGGAACAUGUAACCUGCAUGUUUUUACGGAAUGACCUAAAUCGAUUCACCAAGUUCGUACAAUCGACAAACAAAACCAAGAGCUCCAAUAAUGCUUUCAACGUAUCAGACACUAUGCCGGAUUCAUCCGCCGCAUCGACAGAUGUCUUUAUGACGAACGAGAUGCUAAACGAGUUCGUAUUCACCAAUUUCAGCAUUUUAAGGCUUUGGGAAUGUCUGAGAAGUCUAGCGGGUUGCUUCCAAGGUGAUCCAAACAUGAGCCGUCUGCUGCGACUGCAUGACUUGUCACAACUGAAGCAUGUUGCCGAGAUUUCGGCGUACGAUCAUAGCAUGGCCAAUGUAAUUUACAAUAAGACUUUGCAAUUUGUGGUCUUUCAGUUCGAGUCUUACUCUUUAGCCGAUUUUUUAAACUGGGAUAUCUGGUGUCGAGGAAUCGUAGCUAUGCUACGUACCUUGAAUGGUAACUGUCAAGUUGUUGCGCUACUAUGCCUAUUCAACAAUUGGGAAUACAUGCUCCCCGCGGUGCAGAACCAGAUUACGACUGAGCUCCUUGAGAACUUGUGGUUCUCUCUAACAACCGAAUGCGAUUUCCAAUUGUCGAAAGUACUUUUCUUCAAGCUGCUUGUGUUUCGUGUUAUUCCAUCUGCAGAUCACUUAUCGAAGGAGGUGCUGAAAAAGAGACUUGAAAGCAUGUUUGAUGAAAUGUGUUUUCUCGAUAAUCAGCUUGAUCAGGUCGAUCGAGAUCGCCAGCAAGAUGUGCUGCUGUUUUAUGGCAAUAGGAAAUUCUUCCUUGUACAGAGUAAGCCGCGAGAGGAGGAAGAGUUGAUAUGCAGAGCAGAAAGAGAACCCAAAUCAAAAGCGAAGCGACCUUAUCAAAACUUCCCCUCCGUUCUCAGCACGGCUAAUGUACGUCCGUCGUUAAUCUUGAAAGGCGGCAGAUAUCCGUACGACGUUUUUGAUGAGAUGGUGGUAAAAGCUGCUUUGAUGUUGGCCGAAAAGAGGAGGAGGGACUCAGAGACACCAUUACCUACGAUUGAAGAUCCUUCAUCACGCAGUAUCAACGAGUCCACAUCAAAUGACAAUAAAAGUUCCAAAUCCUCUCCAUCGAUUUCAAGUGCAUUAGGUUCAUGGUUUUCAAAACUCUCCACGACUACUGACAACCGUAUCAGGAAGCUCGGUUCAUCGCAACGGAGAAAUUCGGAAAAAUCGGCAAAGGCGGGAGCUGAGCAAGCCUUCGAGAUUGAUGUAUCUUUGCCCUCAUGUCAUUCAACCGAUAUGCUGUCCAUGUACUCUACGGUAUCAUCUUUGGCUACUGGCAGGACCAUUGCUUCUGAUGAACAGCUAGGUAAUAGUGAUAGAAACACAUCGGAGCAUACAUCGAAAGCGGCUAGCAGAGCAGCUGCAAACAGCGAAAAGCUCCAACCUGAUCAACGCAAAAAGAAGAAGCUGUUAUCGCCUGUGGAACUGAAAUACACAUCUGGCAUAACGGGACAUGCAACGGUUACUACUUUGUUCAAAGCCCUCAAUGUGCCCUGUGAAUCAAUGCUGUCAAAAGUCGAAAAGGCGAAUGUUAAAUGGUCAGUAGUAACUGCAAAGACAUAUGAUAAACCACUGCCCAAACCCGCUGACAUGGCUGUUGAAACAUUCAUUGAGGACAUGAGAAACCAGUCACUACAAUCAUUCGAGGAUGGAAACAUAGCCGUUGAGCGACUUCACUCGCAUGGCAAAAGUUCAAAUGAAUCGACCCUACUUUCCAACUUUAGUGACAACUCAUUUCUCCCGCGCCCGGAUUACAGCAUAUUGGCCCUAGGGAAUGAGAAUGUUUCGACAAACGAUUCAGAGCUGGCUGCUCGGGUUCAAAAACUAACCUUGGAUGCCAGCUUACGAGGUGACACGAAUUGUGUGGCUGAUAGCUUUUGCAAUGAUCGAGAGGACGAAAAGGCGAGGACUCUGAAGCGUAAUAGGAAUAUGCAGCUUGAGACCAGGAUAACAAAGUUAUCUACGCUACUAAGAAUGUUCAACCAAACCGUCGAAGAAUAUUAUGAACAUCAAAAUUUCAUUAACCAUGGAUCUAUCUUCAUAGAGUUUGAACUGAAGGCACACCUUGGUUCCCAAUAUACGCCAGACCAAUUUAAAAGAAGUAUAUAA